CGCGCGUUGUUAUAACCAUUAAGUUUAUGACAAAUGCUAUCAAUUACUUUAGGUUAGGUUAGGUUAGGUUAGGUUAGGUUGGGUGGGUGUAGAGGGUUAGGAAGUGGCGUAUGUGGAGGGAAGGAACGGGAGGUGAGGGCUGACUUCGGGACUCACUCUCGGGAAGAAUGAAUUUACUGCCAAAAGACUCGUUCGAGCGCUUCGGCGACGACUUAACAGAACUGAUGUUAUCGUAUCUGUCAUUUGAUGACAAAUUCAGAUACGAGUCGACAUCCAGACAAUGGCAACAAUUGAUAUUCAAUAAAGUCAUUGAACUUAAUGUCAAUGUAGACCUCAAGACAGUGAACGACAAUACAUUUGAUCCCUCAAUGUAUCCGAAACUCUCUUCAGAUAACUGGCAGUUAGUGUUGAGAAAGUGUCGAAACAUAUCGAAAGUUUCGCUUAAAAUUGAUUAUAAAUUGGAUAAUAAUAAAGUCAAUGAAGACAUCGGCGAUGAAGACAUCGAAGAGGAAGAGAUCGACGAUGAAGACACCGAAGAUGAAGACACCGAAGAUGAAGACACCGAAGAUGAAGACACCGAAGAUGAAGACACCGAAGAUGAAGACACCGAAGAUGAAGACACCGAAGAUGAAGACACCGAAGAUGAAGACACCGAAGAUGAAGACACCGAAGAUGAAGACACCGAAGAUGAAGACACCGAAGAUGAAGACACCGAAGAUGAAGACACCGAAGAUGAAGACAUCGGUGGUGAUAAAGAAGAAGUAGUAGUUGUCAAAAUCAACGACUCAAACCACAUAUUCAAUAUCAAAGAUCCAUUAUUGAAGUUAUUCAAAAUGAAUGACAUUUUGGACAAAAUCUACGAACAGUUGACUGUUUUGGUGGUCAACGAGUUGAGCCAAUUGACACACUUUACAUCCUAUACCAGAUCACUAUCCUGUAUUAGUGACAAAACUAUCGGCAAAUUGGUGGACAAAUUUGGCCAACAAUUAAAGUUAUUAGACUUUCCCAAUAGUUAUAUCAUCUCCAAACAAAUCAAACAAAUGUUACCAUCGAUGCCACGAUUGCAAGCCGUCAGCCAUUGAAA